AUGUCAAAGUUUUAUCAAUUAAAGGCAAAGCUCCCUAAUGGUGAGGAAUACUCAUUUGAGCAGUUGAAAGGCAAAGUCGUGCUCAUUAUCAAUGUUGCUAGUAAAUGUGGAUUCACUCCACAAUAUGCUGGUCUCGAGGAAUUGAACCAAAAGUUUGCCAAGGAGAAUGUGCAACUCUUGGGGUUCCCUUGUAAUCAGUUUGGAAACCAGGAGCCAGGCACUGCUGAAGAGAUUGCGCUGUUUUGCUCCACCAAAUAUAAUGUUACUUUCCCAGUUAUGGCCAAAGUGAAUGUCAAUGGUGACAAUACGUGUGAGGUUUACCAAUACUUGAAGCUGCAGAAAAAGGCUUUGGGAUUGAGUAGAAUAAAGUGGAAUUUUGAGAAAUUUUUGAUUGACCAAGAAGGAAAUGUUGUAGAGAGGUUCAGCUCAUUAACCAAACCAGCUGACAUUGCUCCCAAGAUUGAACAAUUGUUGAAGAAAUAG